UAUUUUGUCCACAUUAACACACUCGGCAAGAGGCUCUAUCAUGGCCAUCAUCAGAAGCCUACGCGUCUCAGGCAUCGCCCCUGCGCGAACCUCGCAACCCGCUUGCCAGCUCAAACCAGCAUAUUCAUUCGACCCUUCGUAACAAGCAGCUCAUAUAGACAGACAACAUCAAUUGGCAUGGAAUGGCAUGACCUCUCUCCCGAGCGCAAAAUCCAGUGGCUACUGGACUCUGGAGACACCGAAUGGGGCUGGGUCAUCUACCGAUGCACCUACAAGCCGGAGCUCCAGGGUGCUUGGGAGAGUUUCAAGAACCUCGUCGAAUACAGGACACGAAAGACCAUCGCAGAUUCAGACGCCCCCGAUAUUGCCGAGAAGCUCGACUGGGCCUGGGUCGAGGAUCAUGAGCUCGAGGGUGCAUCGCUGAGUGAGCUGAAGCGUAGAUUUAGGGCAUGGGUGCGCGCCGACACGCAAGACUCACCUUGUGAUAUAGGUGCUACACCCUAUGAAAACAUUUCAAGGUACACAUACUUUAUUCAGGUCGAUGAGGAAAGUCUGGUUAGCUGUCUUCGUGAAGCUGGUGUGGAUCUCCAUGGAGGACAUGUUAAUAUUGUUCGAGGCUGGGCGGGCUCGCUCCCUGAGGAGGAGAUGGGUGAGUCAAGUGAAGGCCUCGUCACCGAGGACUGGAUGAAGAUUCAGGCAAGCAUGGUGGAGCCUAUUUUUUACGCUGAAUUGUAUGAUGACACUUGGUAUACAAUUUAUUCGCCGCCGCCGCACGUAUGUGUUUGGUAGCUACCUUGAAAGCUCACAUUCUCGGUUUAUAAUGCUCACUCCUCUAUUUACUGUACUCCCUCAAAAGUUGGACUGUGGGUCAUUUUUAAUACAGCAGAUUCCUAACUAUCCUCGGUUAUCUCUUCACCGAUUGUGGUAAGUAGUGGAGAGAUUUG